AUGCUGAGAGACAACGCCGUUUGCCAGCUGACCGUGGUCGCAGACGUUAAACUCACGGUCGAGACAAUCAAAAUCGAAGCACCACUAUUCCUCUCUCUCCUCCUCCUCCUCCUCCUCCUCCUCCUCCAAUUCGGCCACAUACGUAUCCACGCGAGCGGAAUUGACCGCAAUCUCGACAAACCCAACUCAUCCAACACACCCACCAUGCCUAGCCCGCCCUCCUCAGUACGCCGCCCUGCGAGUCCACCGCCACCCAUCACACGAAGUGCAUCCUCCACACCCACUAAGCUCAGCCCUAGUAACAUCCCGUCGCAGAGCGCGUCCACCACCACCUGUUCAACCAUCAUCCUUACCGAAGCUGAUACUGACAUUGCCAAACUCUCAUGUCCCCACUGCUCUCGCACAUUCACCUCAAGCCUCGGUUCGUUUGGCCACUAG